AUGCCAGAGUCCAAGGUCAUUCCGGCCUCGGCCACGCCAGUAGCAAAGCCAACGGCUACUUUCACCGGCGAUGUCUACAUGGAACUGAUCAACCGCGACGAAAGCGCGGUCAUCGCAAACGUUACCUUCACCCCAUGCGCUCGGACGCAUUGGCACACCCACGUUGGAGGACAGAUGAUUAGAGUGCUGGCCGGUAGCGGAUGGGUCUGCGACAAGGGCGGCGAGGCGAAGCGAAUCAACGCUGGAGAUACUGUUUGGGCUCCUCCGGGCACGACUCACUGGCACGGCGCCGAUGAUGGAAGCAUUAUGACGCACUUUGUUGUUGGCAUUGGAGAAACGAAGUGGCAUGAGGCUGUCACCGAUGAGGAUUACAAGAAGCGGUCCGAAUGA